AUGAGUCAGCUAAAAUUUAUCGUUAUUCCAGUUGUGCGUGUACCUGCUGUGCAUUUGGUAUGUGCAUCAUACAAUGGUGAACGAAAACACGACAAAAUUAAAAAUACACAUGAAAAUCUUAAUGAACAAGGAUUCUACGAUUUUAUUGUUGUUGGAUCGGGGCCAGUCAUGUGGCAGCGUGUUAUAUUAAUGAGCAACCCCGGCUCGACAGAGAACAAUAUUGGAUUAAGACAUUAA